AAUAAAGAAGUCUGAAUAUAAUAAAACUACCUUACUAGCAUAUUAUCGAUGGCAGUUUAUUAGAAUGUUACAGACUUUGUUAAUAAAAUCAAAACAAAACUACAGUACCAUCUUCCCCAUUCUACCAUUCAAUCAUUGCUGCAGAUAAUACUGUAGGGUCUUGACAUCUGCAAAUUUUACAUUGGCAAAUUAUAAGUGAUCCUGUCUGGCCAACAGGGUCUUGGAUCAAGGAAGAGCAGAGGGGGAUUAAACAGAGCCAAAGGUUGUUAAUGGCAACUUUCAAUUUAGUGGCGCAACAGACUAGGAUUGUGAGACGACUCUAGCUAGUGAGUGAUGCUCUCCCUGCUGUCUGCCCAAGUACCCACUACCCAGCAUCUGCAUCUCAGUGUGGUCAUUUUUACUGUAAAGAACACUUCCAGCUCUGCAUCGGCGGUGUGGGAAAUGACAGCUUGGUGAUGAGUUUUCAGGCUCACUGACAGCUUUACUGGCUGUUUCAUCAUAGUGGGGUGUGCUAAUCACAGAGGCAGAGAGAAAAAGUGCAGACAUCUGCUGGAGGAGGGAUUCAUCUUGUUUGUUUUAACUGGUUACUAUAAGUUUGUGAUUAAUGUCAUUUCGUUUAGUUUAGUUUAGUUAAAGCCAAUGCAUUAGUAGUAGUAAUUAAGCAUAAUUAAAUAUUUGAGAAGUGUCAUUUGUUUAUACUCCACAGCAUUUAAGCAGCUUUUUAAGGGAACUCCUGGAAUUUUAAGAUAUUCAUCAAGCACUUAACUUGCCUACAAAAAAUGCUUCUUAUACUUCACAAGCUGACUUAUUGACAGGUUUGCAACACAGGAAACCAUAAUCCUUUAGUAUCUUGGUUCCUAAUUCAUAUUCUGAGGUACUCCUGUAUCUUCUGGGUUUCCUCCACAUGAUUAAUUGCAGGGUAAUUGAUUCCAAUAAUAUUUGAGCCUUAUUUACAAAUAUGUUUUGGAAGUCUUAAAAAAUGUUAAGGUUUUUCAAACUUGUACCAGUUUCUGAGUUUCAGAACUUUCCUUAGUCGUGUGUGUUUUUCUGAAAUGCAACCAACUGCAUGAAGAUAAUGAUAUUGUUGUGGGAAUACUGGAUAUAUUGCCGUUCAUACAGCACAUUGUCAAUAAAACAGACAUUGUCAAGAAUCACUUUAAAAGCAGUGACCAGAGCUCUUAUCACCACAAAGGCCUCUGGAUCCCAGAGAAAAGUCCCUUUUAUCCUUUGGUCUUGAAGUUAACUGCCCUGAGCCACAUUGACACCAACUUACUUUAUGAUAGACCAGCUAAAACACCACAAAGCUGCAUCAACCAAAUUACAGCAUAAACCAAAAAACAUUAAACUAUGUGGGAUUGUAUCUGAAUUUCAGAAUAAGAGGCACAUAGGAUUAUACUAUAGAAACAGUUUAGCCAGUCAUGUUGUUAAAGUCGAAAGCCUGGCUUCUUUCAAGCAGGAUGAGAUUCUCUGAUAUAUUAGCUAGUAACUACCAAAUGGACUAUGUUGGCUGAAUGCAGUCCUCUCAGUUGUAACCUUUCUUAUGUUCUUAACACUACCUUGCCCAUUGGGACACACAAAAAACUGGAAUGCUACUAGGCUCUGAAAUUACAACAAACACAAGCAGACUAUCUGACUGGAGUGAAGGAAAACAAGGAGAAACCCUUGUUGAAGAAAACCCUGAUGAAGCUAAAGAUCCGUGACCACAGCCUGGCUGUAGAAACUGAGCAACAGACAGAUCCAGAGAGGAAAGGCUAUAUGCUCACUGCCAACAGGUACCAAAUGUCCGUCAGGCUGCAGAAUACAAGGAUUGAUCCACACCACAGAAACAAAGUUUUUUGACAAGUUUAAUCAGAUAUGUCAAAAAAUUAAAAUGAAUGAAAUUAAAACUGAAGCUUCUAAAGUUAUAACCAAACAGACCUAUACUACUCUGAGAAAAAGCAUUGUCACAAAUUAUGUUUCGAGUACAAAAUAUAUGGAACUGACAGAAGAGUUACAGAGGAAACUGGCAGCCAUGCAGCAGCGCACUAUUGCUCUUUUCAAGAAGAUCAAAGCCCAGUAUGACAAAAUUGAACAGCAAAUGGCAGCACUGUACCAAACAGAGGUUGAUAUUGACAUGAAGAUUCGAUCUUGCAAAGGAUCAUGCGAAAAGGCUUUUAGCUACAGCAUUGACCAAGAGAGCUAUGACACUGUAAAGAAGCAACUGUAUGAAUUAGACAAAAUCUUCAAGAAGGAAGGAAAACCUGGCAAUGGUAAAACAGUCAAAAUGAGGACAAUAACUCAAGAGGCCCCAAAGUACAGGUCAUACAAGUCCAUUGCAAUUGUAAGACAUGAACAUAUGACACUUUUUGAAGACAUAGAACUACAACAACUAGUGCUAGAAAACCACUUUCCAGAGGUUCCAGCUGUGUAAACUAGAAUGUGCAAACAACUUCUCCUAAUUAGAAAUGUCAAGUUUUACUGACGUGCAAUAAACAUGUGUAGCAUAGAAUUGCAUCUGAAACAUUUACAUCUAAAGUGGUUGUCAGAGAAGAAGGUUUAGUCAUCACUGAAUUAUUUCACAAAAUUAUCAUUGUAAAAAAAGUUUUAAUGUUGUUAAAUACCUUUAAAAUACUUUUAAAAGCUUGAUGGCUUGAAAGACAAACAUAUUUUAUGGCACAGAAUCAAUAUAAUUGUAUAGAAUAUUGUAUUUUUGGCUGGCCAUCAAGGCUCCUUCACACACCUUUUUUUGACAUUUUAUUUGACUAAAAUGAUACAGAUCCCUGGCCAUCUUCUUUCCAAAUACAUUUUCUCACCUACGUGUUAUUCAUUUAAUGUGUUGGAUAUUUUGUUUGUAAGAUUUUAUACUAGACAGAUAUGUAAUAGGAUAAUACUAAUUUGUGAUUGUAUAAUCAUGGAGAUGAAAACAAGCAAUUUAUGUCCUUUUUAAAUCUUUACAGUAUGUGUUGAUUAUAAAAAAACUCAUUAUUUUGUGGAUCUUCAUUUCAGUU